GAAAAAAUAUUUACGAUAGCGAAAAUGCAAUUAGGAAAAGGCUUAAAAGACUGGGCGAGCCCAGAAGAAGAGGUCCAACUGCCCAUUUAGUUUCGGACGUGAAAAACAUUGUAAAGUCCACUUCGCAAGAUUAUCCAAAAACCGUUGGCUACCGAUUUUUAACUGGUGUUUUACAUCGCGAAGGAAUACAUGUCCGCAGAGACACUGUAAUGACUGUUUUGAGAGAAGUUGAUCCACUUGGAGUAGAGAAUCGUCGUCGUCAUAGAAUUAACAGGAGAUUGUACUCAAGCCUAGGACCUAACCAUGUGUGGCAUGUCGAUGGUUACGACAAACUAAAGCCAUACGGGAUUUCAAUCCAUGGUUGCAUUGACGGAUUUUCUCGGCGUUUGAUGUGGUUAACUGCGGGUUCAACCAACAGUGACCCUGCAGUUGUUGUUCAGUAUUUCAUAGGAUGUAUACGAGCUGUAAACGGAUUUCCUCUCAUACUACAAGCUGAUCCUGGAACGGAAAAUUCAGAUAUGGGUGCAAUUCAAUGCACACUUCGACAUGAAGCUGGCGACUGCUUUGCGAGACAGCAUAGUUUUAGAGUUGUAAAGUCAACAUUUAAUCAAAGGAUAGAGGCAUGGUGGAGCAUGUUAAGAAGGCUAAAAAGUGAGUGGUGGAUACGUUUCUUUCACGACUUGGAGCUGUUUGGAUUAUUUCAUAGAGGAAAUGUGACAAAUUUGUGA